AUGAUCAACCCAUUCAUGGAUACCUCACACGCCCCCCAUUUACCCCCCGGGGCUCUCAAGCUGAGUCCCCCUCAGUCCAUGUCCGAGGGUGGGGGAUGUCUUGGACAAUCUAGCCAUCAAUUUGGAGCACAGUCUAACGGGUAUGGACUACCACACUCGCACGUCGGUGGUUACACUGCAAGGGAUUUUUUGUUACGAAGACCUGACAUUGGCUUGUCCGAGUCCGGGACAACGGGACAUCCGGGUAUGUUUGUUCCGUCCUCUGGAAGUUUCCACUCCGCUCAUCAUCCAGAUCCCAGUUCUAACCACGUUCUGUUUCCAGGCCUCCAUGAUGCUGCAACACAUCACAAUCCCGGUCACCAUGUCAACAGCGGCAUGCGUUUUGGUGCUACAGAUAUGUACUCACGUACGGAACAAUUUAAUCACAUGACCGGACCACGCGCAGACCAUUUUGGGACCACACAACCCUUUAACGUUAAUCCCAUGGGUGCUAUGAACCACAUGAGUCCCCACGGACCCGGGGCGUUCUUCAGGUACAUGCGACCCCCGAUAAAACAGGAACACACGUGUCUUUGGAUAGAUCCGGAGGGGCCGGACCCGAAAAAACCCUGCAACAAGGUGUUUGGUACCAUGCACGAGAUUGUGUCCCAUGUGACAGUAGAGCACGUGGGUGCCGAACAGUCUAGUCACAUGUGUACAUGGCAAAAUUGUGCACGUGAGGGAAAACCCUUCAAGGCCAAAUACAAACUUGUAAACCAUAUCCGAGUCCAUACAGGAGAGAAACCAUUUCCCUGUCCAUUCCCGGGAUGUGGUAAAGUGUUUGCCCGCAGUGAAAACCUCAAGAUUCACAAGAGAACACACACAGGAGAGAAACCGUUUGUAUGUGAAUAUGAUGGAUGUGACCGGAGAUUCGCGAACAGUUCCGACCGGAAGAAGCACAGUCACGUGCACACUAGUGACAAGCCGUACAACUGCCGGGUUAAAGGAUGUGAAAAAAGUUAUACACAUCCUAGUUCACUAAGAAAGCAUAUGAAAAUUCACGAAAAUUGUUCAGAUUUCGAGGGAAAAUUUUCUGAUGACGAAAAAUGUGAAAUUCAAGGUAGUUCUCCACUAUCAAAGACCAGUGUGACGUCACAUAAUUCAACAUCACCAGGAAAUCGGAGUCAAUUCACACCACCAUCGUCAUUUUCUACAUCCGGUUCAACACCUAGCAUCACUUCCGGUUUAUCUCAUUCCCAUCCACCGAACUUUAGUGAAUGGUAUGUUUGCCAAGGCUCCACAGGUCUUGGUAGUCUUUCUUCCUCACAUCUUUCCGAACAGCCGGCCUUCAAUACACUCGGACACCUUCAGAGUUUACAACCUCCUACCAUUGUCCAGUACUCUUGA